UAAUGUCAUUUGGGUGGAUCUGAUUUGUUAUAAUCAAUUCUAAGGGCGGGCGGGAAAGACGGCGAACUAGAGAGAGGCAGAAAAGAUGGAUUCGGAGAAGGCGGUGGUGGACGAGCUGCCGCUAGCUAUCGUGCGCCGGGUGGUGAAAGAUAAGCUUUCGGAGUGUUCGCCGGACUAUGACGUGAGCAUUCACAAGGAAGCGUUGCUUGCUUUCUCCGAGAGUGCCCGGAUCUUCAUCCACUACCUCUCCGCCACGGCAAAUGAUAUAUGUAAAGAUUCAAGAAGACAAACGAUGAAAGCUGAGGAUGUGUUUAAGGCAUUAGAAGACAUGGAAUUUUCAGAAUUUUUGGAGCCGCUUAAAGCUUCUCUUGAUGAUUUUAAGAAGAAGAACGCUGGGAAAAAGGCUGCUAGUGGUAGUGGAGCAGCCGCAGCUUCGAAGCCCAAAGAGACGAAAAAGAGGAAACAUGAAGAAGCAUCAACGCAAAAGGGCGUGGGGAAAAGCAAAAGAGAUGAGGGAGAUUUGAAGAAUGAUGAGGAUGUCAACACAAAAGAGAACGAGGAUGAUAAUACCGAAGAGAAUGGGAAUGAUGAGGAGGAGGAGGAGGAUGCGAACGGGAAUGAGGAAAACAGCAUGGAAGAGAUUGGGAAUGAGGACAAUAGCAUGGAAGAAGCUGGGAGUGGGAGUGGUGAAGAUGAUGAGAAUGAAGGUAGUGGGGAAGAGGAAGAGGGUGAUGAUGAAGAUGAGUGAAUUCGAGAAGCCUUUUCAUAUUCUUUUCUGCAAAGACCAUGUUUUCAGGCUAAUGUUCUCUCAUUAUAAUGCUAAAAUCGAUUAGCUUUAUUAAGCUUGAGUAGCACUGUUGUUGUUGGCAUGUCCAUGUCGUAGACUCGUAUAAUAUUUGCUCUUUAUAGUUUUACCAGUUAUCUAA